AUGGGGGCUUGUGUGAGCUCUGUGUCCAAACGUACAAAGGGCAAGACUAGAAAAUCUUCGAAAGCACCAUCGCCGCCGGAGCAGCAAUCAACAGAUAAAACGGUUGAUAUUCCAGAAGUUGAUGAACACAGCAGCAAUGGAUUGGAGAAAGGAAAUGGUGUAGAAAAUGGAGGCGCUAAGGAGCAGGAUGUUAUGAGUGAAAAUGGCUCUCUGCCCCAGUCUCAAAUCUCUUUGCUUGAUGAGACGGAUGAUUAUCAAUUUUCAUCAGAGGACAUCCCCACAUAUCGUCCCCCAAAGGCAUUGGAUACCAUAUCCGAAGAAUCUGAAAAGUCUGAUGUAGCUAGUGGACUUCAAAGAGCAUUGUCGAUGAAGGAGUAUGAGUCAGUUAACGGUGGAGACAAGAAUAUUAUGCUUCAGGAAGAUCAAGGGGUUGAGAAGUCCUAA